AUGAUUGACGACCAACUUAUAAUAUAUACGCUUGUAAUAUCUCCUGUUGUUGGUUGGCUUACUUCAACGAAAAGGGCUUGGAACAAAAAGAACCAGGUAAAUGGAGUUAUUCUUGCACUAAUUGUGUUGGUUAUUGCAUGUGUAUUGCAGAAUGUGAGAGUUUCACAGAAUUACUACCAAGUUCUGGGUAUAUCUAGCAAUGCAUCAAGAUCUGAGGUUACUGGUGCAUACAGAAAAUUAGCACUCAAAUUCCACCCAGAUAAAAACUCGGAUCCAAACGCACGAGAGAUAUAUUCUAAAAUUAGAAAUGCAAACGAGAUAUUGUCAAAUGAUUUAAGCAGGAACUGGUACCGUAGAUUCGGAACCGUCGAAAACAAUUUAAAUUCAUACAAGGUCUCUGAGGAUGAAGAAUUCAUUGAUUAUCCCUUACAUCUAACAUUAGUACCUUUCAUUACUGCUGUAAUUCCGAUUUGCUUGUCAUUAUUGAUGUGGAAUGAUCAAGAAAAUUUAAGAAUAAUAAUUCUUUGCUUUAUAGUUUGGACUUUGUCAUGUGGAAUUUUACUUAGGUUUGAUAAAAAUGAAAGGGACUUUUUGACAUUUAUCCCAAUUUUUAGAAAUUUUCUCCCGUUCGAGAAAAUUAGAGUGUUAGAGGGGUUAUAUAUAACGGUCAUGAAUUCUUUACAGCUUAUCCUCCCAUUUUUCACAAAAAGACUCUACAAAAAUGAAUUGGCAGAAUUUUACCAGUCUUUGUUGAGGAAGAAGUUGCGAUUAGUAAUUUAUAUAGAGGAUUUCUAUUGUGGUUUGAAGUCGGAAAGUAAUAAAAUAAACGAGGGAAACAACAUUUCAACGUACAAUUUUAGCAUUGUUACUCCAGAUUUUCAGUCAGAUGCAUUAAAGGCAGAGGUAAUUAAGCACAUGGAACAAACUAGUUUGGAGUUCAAUCAAUUGUUAAUUGAGGAACCGUAUUUAAAUGAAACAUGGGACAGUUCUUUUCAAAAUGUUUAUCAUUUACUAGAGGAUAAUCUUGAUCUCGAAGAAAAGUCAGGGUUUUCAAUAGGGACUGUUAUUUUUAUUCUAUUUUGGGUAUAUAAGAUUUAUUCAGCUCUUGCCUAA